AAAGAAGGCGGGCUCCGAAGUGUGGAGGCGGGCCUGAUCGAAAGUUGUCUGACUGGAUCGGAGAGUUUAGGACGAUUAUUAGAGGAGAAAGGGCCGAGCAAAGGAGGCGCGAUGUCCGAUCUCAGCGUCUCUCUGUCCCUACUGGUGGGGAUUGUAGUUUUUAGCGAGGUGGCGAGGAGAACGGCCUUAUAUCUAUUUCCGAACCGAAACGGCAGCAUCUACGCGCUGGAGUUAAUUUCUACGUUUCAGUUGUGCGCGUGCACGCACGAAUUAAAGCUCCUCUCGGAGGUUGGCGGACUGGAGCCGAGCGUCGGGUUGACGUGCACGUAUUUGAUAUCGGUGGUCCACGGACUUUCAUUCCACGGCGCGAUGUGCAACCCCGUGGGGGUCGUGGAGCAGCUCUGGCGCGGGACUCUCACCGGCCGGCGCGCGCUGGCGCGGAUCUCGUGCCAGCUGAUAGCAGCUGUGCUGGCGCGCGGCGCGAUGCCCCACGCGUGGGCGCUUUCUCUUUCUGACCUGCACGCACAGCACAAACUGACGAGCUUUAAAUGCACGAACAACCCCAUCAAUGCCCCUCUGGCCCAGGCCGCUGCGGUGGAGCUGGCCUGCGCGCUCGUGAUGCACACCUCUGUCUCUAACGUGGAUAAAAUCCAGGAGAUUUAUCGAGUUCCUGCCAUAGCAGCAGUCAUCACAACUUUAGUCUAUGCAGGUGGACACCUCACUGGGGCCGUGUUCAAUCCGGCACUUGCCUUCUCAAUCCAGUUUCCCUGUCCUGGGAAUACAUUCACAGAAUACAGCUUUGUGUACUGGCUGGGACCAAUACUAGGUAUGAUCGUCUCUCUGCUGCUUUGUGAGAAAGUGAUGCCGGUCUUUUCCGGAAAAAGCACAAUUCCAAACUCCGAUGGACUCAAGAAAAAGAUUAAGUAAAUGAAUGUGAUAUUUUAAAAGGUUUUAUGUUAAGCUACUUUUACUUAUGUUAAGUACUGUGAAUGCACAAAGUUUUAUGACACUAUCCCCUGGUUUCACAGACCAGGCUUAAGGCUAGUCCUUAAAUCAAUCUUAACUGAAACUGACUUGAUAGACCUUAAAAUAUGGCAUUAUCAUUGAUUUUAUUAAAGAUCUGCUUAAACAUCUUCAUUUAACUUAGGCCUAGUGCUGGCUUUAGCAAAGCCUUGUCUGUGAAUCCAUGCCUAUUAGUCUCAUUUCUCAAGACCAUCUCAAUUAUUUUUGGGGGCGGUUUUCCCGAACAGGGAUUAGACUGGUCCUGAACUCUAAAAUAAAUGUAAGAGCUGUCCAAACUGAAAACAACUUGCACUGACAUAUCUUAAAAUACAUCAGUGCCCUUUGUUUAGCCUCAAAAUGCACACAAGUAAUGUUUUUACUGAGGCAUAUUUGUUAAAACUAAGUCCUGGCUUUAGAUAAUCCCUGUCUGGGAAACCACCCCAUAAUGUUUAUAGUUUUAAGGGACUAACUGGUUGAUUAAUACUUUCAGGUUUGUUAAUGUCUUAAAAGUUAAACUUUUAAAUGAAAUAAAAAUGCAUAUGCACAAUGACUU